AUGUUGGAGGGUAACAAUAACAGUAAAUCAACAACAUCACCACCAAACACUGACACUCAUAAUGACCACCAAAUUGUUCGUAUAGAAACUUCCGAAGAAGCAUCAGACGAACCGGUCCAUCAUCAUCAACACAACAACAAUAAUGAAACAGAGGAGACAACAACUCGUUGCUGCGUGAAUCAAGAGGAGAAGGCAACCCAAACAUCGUCAUCCUCCCGAUCCUCUCCUCCCUCUACCACAUCAUCACCACAACAAUCACUUCUCACCAUACAAGUGGCAAGUAGCAACAAGAGUGUUUCUGAAACCACCACAACCACAACAACUCAAUCACUACACACAACAUCCAAUACUCAUCAUCAUCAUAACUUUUCCAAUCAUCACCACCACCACUCUUCAGCAAUACAACAACCAUCCUGUUCCGAAAUUUCAACAUCAUCAUCCACAAUCAUAGAUCCCUACAUUCCCAUUUCAUCCUCGAAAUCUCAUCUCUACAAACCAAUGAUUGACGUUUGUUUGAGAAAUACUGCACUCGAUUUAUCGAAAUUCACCUCUCCGAGAUUUGAUUACAAGAUUAUCAAAAAAUUGGGGGGUGGUAUUGAAGGACAAGUGUUUUUGGCAACUCUCAAUGACUCUUCUAGUAUCAAUUUCAACACUUCUACACCACCUCAAUAUGCCAUCAAAAGAAUUACCAUUUCAACAUUGCCAGAUCUGGAACAACAAAUCAAAUUAAUUUUACAAGUGUGCAAUGUUGAGAGAGAGUCAAUGGCCAUGAUGGUCAUGUCUUCUCACAACCAUCAUCAUCAUCACCAACAGCAUCAACAACACUCCAAUCAUUCACUUGAUUCCUCUUCUUCACACAAAUUUCAACAUUCUUCCAUUUCAUCUCAAGUUCACAUUGUUCCACACUAUGAUAUUUAUUAUAAGGAAUACAAAAAUUCAAUGCGAGGUGAAUGUGAAUAUGUUUUAUCCAUCGUCAUGGCAUUUUGUGAUUUGGGUAGUUUAGAAGAUGUGAUAUUUAAUUAUGCCACAGAAUAUUCAAAAUCUUCAUCUCCAUUCAUUAGUGGAGAAUUGAAAUUGGAUUGGAUGAUUAACAUUACAAGAUCACUCGUGUUUUUCCACAAGAGGAAAUUGGUGCAUUUGGAUAUUAAACCUGAUAAUAUUCUCCUUCAAACAAAGAAUUCCAUGCUCAAUCAAUCUCCACCUCCAACCUAUUUACAAAUAUUAGAACAUGCAAAUAUUUAUGUAUCUGAUUUUGGUUUAACACGUGAAUUCAGAGUUGGAGAUUCACCUCUCAUGUCCAUCACAGGAUCUAAAAAUUAUAUGGCACCUGAAAUAUUUGAUGGAAAAUAUUACAAUGAAAGUGUGGAUAUGUGGGCACUUGGAAUUGUUGCUCUUCAAUUACUUGUACAAAAGAGAAGAAGUAGAUUUGAUUCACUUCGAAAUUUAUUAUUUAAUUGUUCAAAUAAUUAUGAAACAAAAUUGGUCAUUGAUAAUUUUAUUAGUGAAUGUGUGAAAGAGGAUGAAUCAGCGAUCAUAUCACAAGAUGGUGGUGAAUCAUCAGUGAGUGUGUCGUUGAAAGAACCUCCAAUUACGAAUAAUACCACUGCUAGUCACGUGAAUUCUGGUUCAACUAGUAGCAACAACAUCAAUGGUGGAAGUAAUAAUAACUUGGUGACUUGUCCAUCCAAUAAUUAUUCUCAACAAGAUCAAUACAAAUUACUCACACUACUCUUGGACAAGGGUCAUAACAUUUUAUUGAGAAUGGUCUAUCAAUGUUUGAGAUUAGAUUCAAGUGAAAGAUUAAAUGCAACAGAAUGUCUUGCAUUUCUCACAAAGGAGAAGAGAGAACAUUUUUCAAUGAAUCAUUUUCAUGCACUUCAGUCUUCCAUGACAGGUGGUGGUCAAAAGAAAGAAAUGGUAGAUUUAUUAUCGACUUUGGAUUCUAUUCAACAACAAAUUAAUGAUUCAAUUGAUGUGAUACACAUUGGUAAUACUCAUGCAUCUCUACCAAAUCAUAUCACGUCGAGUGCUGGCAAUUCAAGUUCACUGUUGAUGGGAGGAUAUGAGCUAUUCUCUCCUCAACUUUAUGUAGAUUCUACCUUUUCUCCGAGAAUGUUCAUCACGACGAAUUCAUCUUUCACUCAUUCAUUUGCAGGUAGUAGUCAUGGUGGUUUUGGAAGUUUCUCGAGUUCUGCGUUAAGUCCAUCAUUACACAAUUUCAUGAUCAACACUAACAACAAUAAUAAUGGUGGUGGUAAUAGCACUAGUCAUAGUAGUGGUACUACCUCAAUGAUUUCACAUGCAACUGCUCAUCGAUUUAACAAUUCACACUUCAUCAUUUUCAAGCUAGCGAGACAUUUCUGGGAUCAAAUGUUUGGACCUUAUAUAUCAAAAAUAUCAUGGAACGAAUUUAAGGAUUGUUAUUACUUUUUUACCAAGUCAGCCCUUCAUUCAAGGUCUGAAAAAGUAUUGAAAUGUCUACUAUGUGAUGUUGAUAAUUAUGUUUAUAUUCAUACUUUUACAAAGUGUGUACAAAAUUGCAAACAUUUUCCAUUUCGAGAUGUGUAUUUCAGUAAUCUCUAUGUCUAUAGUAAUAUAUUCAGUAAUAAUGAUCAUUUCAUGAAUCCUAGUUCGAAUAAUUCUGAAUCCUCCGAUGAUUCUGAAGAUGAUGAAGAUGAUCCCACAACAUUUAUUUUGAAAGGUGGACUGAGAAAGCAACAACAACAACAACAACAGACAUUCAACAGUGGUGGUGGUGUAGCAUCAGGUGGCAACUCGAGUACAACCAUGAAUUCCAUGCUUUAUGAAUUAUUUAAAAGAGUCCAAGAUGAAGAUAAUUUAGUUUUCACAUUGAAAGGAAAAUUUGAUUACAUUCGAUUUUUGAAAGAAGUGAAAAUUGAAUUAGUAUCCUAUGUGAAGGCCAAUCCAAAUAUUUUGAAUAUUAGAGAUCGUUCCACGAAUCGUGAGAAUGGUAGUAGUGGUCAUGCUAGUAGUACUAACCAUGCAACAAAAAUCCAUUCUGGUGCUGGCGCCAUUCCAAGUACUACUAAUGAUUAUACAGGAAAAGGUAACAGCCCACUGAGUGGUGGUGGUGGUGGCCAUAGUAGUACAGGUACCAGUACUGGCAGUGGUACUAGUAGUGGUGGUCAUAGUUCCAACCACAUGAAGACUUCUCAACAAUACCAUUCACAACAUUCACAACAACAACCAACCAUGAGUGGUGGAUCUCCUUCUGCAAGUUUGAGUAAUAUCAUGAUGUCCAGCAUGAAGAGUCCACAACAACACCAUCAUCAUACUCUCAGCAAACACAAUUCAAGCAGUCCCAAUCGAUCGUUUUCAAGUUCCUCUUCUUCCUCUACUUCUUCGCAUCAUCAAUAUUCACAAUCCAUGUCUUCCAUAUUUCAUGGUGCUAAUAGUCCAUACCUUUCACAUGCACCUCUCUUUUCUAACGUGAAUGUACUUUCCAUGGACAUGAAUGAUGACUUUUAUAAUCAACAAAUGCGAACACGAAAACGAGCAGCUGUGAUUGGAGUGAGAAAUACCAAUUUUGAUAUUUUAUUUCAAUCGGGAGAUUAUGAAUCGAAUGGUAACAACAAGAAUGGUGGUACUGGUACUGGAUCUCGCCCUAAGAAUCAUACACUCUCUAUGGCUUCAACAAAUUCCAACAGCAAUCUGAACAGCAGUACGAUGGCAGCAGCAGCACAUGCCUCCAUUUCAUCUCUCACCAAUCGAUUUAGUACGAAUAGUGUGAAUAGCAAUGUAACCAAUACCACUACUGAUUUCUUUUAUAACAAGUAUUCAACCACACCCAUCACCUAUGUGUUGAAUUGUCGAAAUUGUAAUUUCACCGAUGUGGAUUUAUCAUUUUUUGUAUCUUCCAUUCAACGAUAUUACAUGGAACAUAUUUAUACAGUCAGUGAUCAACACUCUACAAGUAGCAGUAAUAUUCUACAGUUAUUAGCAAGUCAUAAUGUAUCCACUGUACAAACUGGUAGUGUUACAAAAAUUCCACUUUUAAUUUCAAUGAGAAAUAUUUUAAAUAUGAACUAUAUGGAAGAUUUUACAGACAAGAUGAUUCAAGGAUGUUUUGAAUAUUAUUUUGGAACUGCAAUCAAGACUUCCAAUAAUACUGAUUCUGCUAUUAACAUUGUCAGUCCUCUUGUAGGAGAUGCACCACAAGUCUCUAUGGGAAGCUUCUCUGAUCCAAUGAGUGUGAGUUCAUCAUUCAUUCCUGGAACUCCAACAAGUCCUCGAGGAUUCACAAUACCAUCAAACAAAUCCUCUCACAUGCUCCAUUCAACAAGUACUAUGAAUGGCUUUUCAUCAAAAUCUCAUCUUCAAUUCAAUAAGGAUAUUCAACAAUAUUUAAGACAACAAAUACUGAAUGGAAAUUGUAUAUUAAUAUUUGAUCAUUUUCAACAUUUCAAAGGACAAGACUAUUAUAAUAUUCUCUCACAAUUAAGCGCUUUUACCAACAAUACUAUUUAUAUUGUUGAGAAUCAAAGCCAACCAACCAUGAUGGAUGACAUGUCUCAUCCAUUAGAUCCAAAUUUCAAUACUUUUUAUAGUCAUUAUAUUUUAAAGAAUAUUGAUAUACAUUCGUGUGGUGUGAAUAACAUUUCAUCAUUAUUACAAAAUUGUACAGCAGUGAAUCAUGCGAGUGGUCAGAAUAUUUUAUUGACCUCAACCACACUCUCUGAUCUUUCAUUAUUCAAUAAUACCACUCCUACGAACACAACAGUGAACAGCAGCAGUGUUCAUUCUGGUGCAAUGAACGAUGCAUCCUCUUCGAAAAAGACAAAUUCUCUCAGAGGAAAGAAUAAUUUAUUACCAUCACAGGACUUGCAAAAUUCCAAAAAGAAAUCAUUUGGAGGUUUUCUUGCCAAUACUCUCUUCAAUGAAUUUAAUGAGUUUGAUUUUAGAUAUUUAGAAAUUGCUCGAAUUCCAUCCUUUUCAUAUUAUUUUGCGUUAAAACAAAGUCAUGAAGAGUAUGGAGGUGAAAUUCCAAUUCGAAUGAUUAUUGAACAAUUUCUAAACAAGUAUUACCUUUCAAGUGAUUUGAGUUUAAUGCCAUUGAAUACGAGUCAUACGAUCAGCAAUAAUAAUAAUAACAGUAGUAGUAGUAGUACCACAGCUUCACUUGCUAUUCAUCGCACUAGUAGUGGUGGUAGUAUUGGUGGUGGCACGAGUCAUAGUUUUGGUACCACCACUUGGCAACAUGCAUCCACUCCUGAUACAGCACAACGUAGUAGUCGUGAUGGUUCAUCCGAUUCUCUCAAUCCCUCCUCGAACAUGAUUCCACCGUACCUUGCCAUUGAUAGCACUCUGAGUCCACAAGAAGGUACCAAUUCUGAUUCUACUACAACUUCGAAGCGUACUCGAUCGAGAUCAUUACGUUUCUCGAUGGGAAUUUCAAAUUCUAACAAUACCAACAAUACCAAUAAUAACAAUACCAACAAUACCAAUAAUAACAAUACCAAUACCAAUAACAAUAGCACAAUGCAUACCCAUCAUGGUCUUGGUGGUGGUAAACGAGAUUCUAAAAAUUUCAUAUCCAAUUUCUUCCAUCCAUCUCAACCUCCAUCUCAUAGUGGUAAUAACACCUCUGGACUAAAUUCUCCAUCCAAUCAAUUAAGGCUCUCUCUCAAAGAUCACUACGACGAUCGAAAGAGAAUUUCAUUCAAUAAUAUUGAACAAUUCACAAAGAAUGAAAAAUUACUGACAGUGAAUGAUCUCAUUGAAUUCAUUUUAGAUUUGGCUGAAUAUUUAUCAAUUUCUAAAAUUGAGAAAUUUAGAAAAUUACCAGAAGAUUUCUUUGAUGGAAAACCUCAACUGUAUCGCCUGAUUUGGAAACAAAUCAUGUUCAUUUAUCAAAUGUACUAUGAAGACGAUCAUCAAAUAUCUUCUCAACAAUUUCCAUUACUUGGUUAUUUACCUCAAUUUAAGUACUUUAUCAUGCCAACAGUGGUGAGAGAAUAUUUAACAGGAGUUCAAUGGGCAAAGAAAGAAAAACAUUCACUCAUUCGAUAUUUAAAAAGAAAGACUCUGAAAACUGUUUUUAAACCAAAAUUGACCAUUCGAACCAGUGUCAUUCGCAAAUUCUAUCUUGAUCCAUUCUAUAGAAAGUGUAUUUAUAAUAUGGUGCAUUUCAUGGAUAAGGAUGAAGUGAAAGCUCUUCUCAACAAGUUACAAAAAGACAAAUUAGUAUUAAGUGAACAAGUCAUUAUUGAGAGAAUUUUAAUUAGAAAUUUGAGUAUUGACAAACUUGAACAAUUUUCAAAUCAAGUGAGAAGAAGUAGUGGAAUGGAUUUGAGUGGACGUACGAGAGCUAGCAUUAAUCCUUCGAAUCCUACCAUGAUGGCAGCUACUUCAUUGGGAGCUGUGCAUGGAAGUAGCAAUAGUAGUAGUAGCAACAUUAGUAACGUUCUUGGCAACACCACUGCAGGAAUGAGAUCUUCAUGGUUUGGAGGAAAUUAUGAAUCUGCUCAUCAAUCUUCUUCCUUUAUUUCUGGUAUCCAUACGAACACGACCAACACGACAAGUAUGAGUCAAUCUUUGGGUGAUUCAUUCUAUGUAGAAGAUUAUAUUAAGGAUAUUGGUUUGAUUGAAAAUCUCUAUCGAGAAUAUUUAAAGAGAGCCAUCACUUCAAAAUAUGUUGCCAUUCAGAAUAUUGCAUUGAGAAUUCUCACUUCAAGUACCAACGAUUUGAAUGCAAAUACCUUCAUUGAUGUAUUAUCCGAUUUUUUGAAGAGAAAUGAACCCAGUGAUCAAAGUGAAGAUUCACAACCCAUUAUUUUCACAACCAUGGAAAAGAAAAAGAGUAUUUUCAAUUCUAGAAAACCAACCACCUCUUUCAGACUUUCUCAACCAUCAUCUUCUCCUUCAUCUUUUCAACAAGACAAUGAUUUCUUUUCAGUUCAAAACUUUAACAUUUCAAAUGUUGUUCAUUCCAGUGGUUGUAUUGAGAGAUUAAUUGAAUAUUGUCAAGAGAAUUAUUUAUUUGAGCAAAUGACCACUCUAUUGAUGAAUAUUUAUGGAACUACUCCAUAUCUAUUACUCAUUGUAUUAUCAUCACCAACGAUCGAUGUUGUAUUGAAUCGACAAGUAUUGAAUGUGUACAUGCAUUUAUUGAAGAAGUGUGUGAGUGAUUUACUCAUUCUGAUUAACUUGUCGAGUGAGAGAACACAAGGAAAUUCUCAGAGUCAUCAUCAAAGAUAUGCGACCAGUAUUGGAGGAAAUCUUUCCAUGUCGAGUAGUAGUAGUAGUAGUACUGGUAACAACCAUGAAAGUGGUAGUAGUAGUACCAAUCAUUCAUUUUAUGGCUCCAUGAUGAAUCGAUCCCAACAACACCAACACCAACAAACGAAUACGACAACCAAUGGAAUUGCUGAUGUCAGUUUUUUCAUUCUAUUCAAAUUGAUACUUGUAUUGAUUAGAAGAAUUCAAAUGAUUAGUCCUGAUGAAUUCAUUUCACCUUCUCUUGAAUCUAAAUCCAGUUACGAUUCCUAUAAGAUUGUUUAUCCUCUCUAUAAUAACUUGUUUAAACACUAUUCGAAUAUUGCACAUCGAUCAUCGAAGAUUACUUUGAAAUGUGUAGAUUUUCUUCUUGCAUUAUUGGGAAAUAACAUUGUAUUGGACAGCGAUAUGUGUGAAAAGGUUACAGAUGAUUUCAAACAAAUUAUUAACUAUAAUUUUAAUGGAAAAAUUGUUCACUCAUUAGAGUACAAUGUUAAAUUUUAUGAUCAUGUGACAAAAUUUGUAGAAGUCUUUGAACAAGAUGAAUCCUACAUGAACAAAUUAAUUUCUUUGUUUGUCCCGCAUUCGAUUAACAACAUGCAAGUGAAAGAUCCAAUCUAUGGAAUUGAUUCCUUGAUUGCACAAUCUCUUUUGAAUCUUAACAAUGAAGGAGGUGGAUUUUUAAAAUUAAUCUCGUGUAUGCAGAAGAACAAGGAAAUCAUUCUCUUAAUGAUUAUGGAGAGAAUUUUAUUGAAUCAUUAUCAGUUUUUAAAGAAUACAUACUCAUCCCGAUCGAAUCAAGUGCACUCUCCAACCAGUGAGAAUGAAACAUCUAUGAGUGAAUAUUAUGAUUUAUACUAUCAAGGUAUUCUAAAAAAGGAUUACAUUUCCAUUAAGAGAAAUCACAUCAUUCCAAGAUUUAUUCAAUUAUCAAAAUCAGUACUCAUUUUGCUCGCCAAUAUUGAAAGUGAAUCGAAGCAUGGAGAAGAACCAAGUAGUGAUGAAGAGGGUGAUAAUGAUGAUGAGGAUGACGAAGAAGAAGAAGAGGAGGACGACAAUUCUCCAUCUUCCAUCAAGAAUCAUGAUUCCUCUACUGAAAUUCACACAAAUCAACCGCACAGUCCUCAUACAAAAUCUUCACCACGUACUCCCAAGACGAGAAGAAUUCGAAAACAUGAGGAAGGUGUUGAUUCAUGUGCACAUCAUGAUAGUAGUAGUAGUAGUACAGAUGAUAGUAGUAGCAGUAGUACGGAUGAUAGUCAUAGCAGUGAUGAGGAAGAUGAGAGAGAUUCUUCUCAAACAACAACAGCAACACCACCACCUCAUAUGAAUCGACACAAUUCAAAUCUUUUAUUGAUGAGUCAACAAAAAUUCCUCUCUCUCGAUACUGCUUCAGAUAAGAUUAUUCACAUUAUUCGAGUGUGUAUUCGAUCACUGCUACCAAACAUGCUUGAUGGUCAUUCUCGAUAUCAAAAUUCCAGUACAGCACUGGGUGGUGGUGUCGCAUCCAUUCCAUCUAAUAUUGAAUCUUAUUAUUUUGAUUCAUUUAAUUUGGAGCAACACUUGUCAUGUCUCUAUAUUGUCUCUCAUUUAUUACCUAUUUAUGGAAAUCACACCAUUACCUGCAAAGGUGUGCCAUUAAUUAUUGAAAGAAUAUUUUGUGAUUUAUUAUCCAUUCUAUUUAAAUCUUUGAUUAGAAUUUCACAACAACAACAUCCAACAGAAUUCAAACAAUCUAUUUUAUUAUUAAUCUAUAGAUACUAUUUAAAGAUUAUAAAAAUAUACAUGAUGAAUUAUAGAUACUAUCAAAGAGAUAAACAAUUGGAUGCUUCAAGACAAUUUGGACAUUAUCAAAACUUGCAUGCUCAUCAACAAUCCAUGUUAAACAAUUUAUCCAUGCUAUUAUUACUAUUCAUUCAUGACGAUAAUAGAAAUAGUUAUGAAAUUAAUAAUAAUCUCAUUACCAAAACAUUUAAAGUACUUUCACUCUUACCAAUAUCAUCCGAGAGAGUCAUUAAGAGAUUUAUGGAUAUCAUUCAAAAUAGUUCUGAGCCUUUUAUUAUUCGAUUUUAUGCAACGUUUUACUUGAAUGAAAUAUUUAGAAAAGAUCAAAACUUGUCCAAUGUGAAUGCUCUCACUUUGUAUAGUAAUACUGAAACUGAGAAACAACUCAUUGAAGGAAUUUCAUCAUUUAUAUUGAAUAGUAAUACUGAAAAGUUAUUGAAUCACAUCUUCCAUUUAAUCAAAUAUGGAACAAAUCAACAACAAAAAGAAGCAUUUGAACAAGUCAUUUCAAAGAGAUUGAUUGCAACGACAAGUCAAUCGUUUCAUGUUGGUUCCGCACAUGGAAAGAAGACUUUCACCACUAGUUCCAAUGUUGGAAGUGAUCUAUGGCUAGGUCAUUUAAUCUAUCCAAAUAAUAGUAAUCAUCAUGGAAUGAACCUGAGUGGUCAUGGUAUGAACACACCAACUAGUCAUAGUCCUGGUAUGAACACACCACCAACUGGUCAUAGUAGUAGUACCAACACAACGAAUCAUCAUCAUUAUGGUUUUCAUACAACAACUGGUAACAAUGUUCGUGCAUCUACCUCGUUCACUUCACACACCAGAAACAACUCUUCCAAUCAUUCGACUCCACUCUCUCAACAAUCUUCUACAUCUCACAACAAACGCAAAUCAACAGGAAGUGUCUUCAUUUCCAACAUGUUUGGUAAUAUUAGUGGAGCCUCUUCACUCAUUGAAGAUUCAUUGAAUUUUGGAUAUUCCAACAUGACAACACAUAUUCACUACUUACCUCCUCAAAUCAUGAUGAGUUUAAAUGGAACUCAAUCCUCAUGUAUGGAACACUCCAUUGUUCGAUUAGGUUUAGAAACGAUUUCAUCUCGAUUCAAUGUUCUCAAUGAUAUUACUGCACUUCAAAAUCAAUGGAAUAUGACAUUUUCGAAUUUAUCAAGUACAUCUUCUCUCAUUCAAUCCACAACCAAUCAUUCCAAUGGUACUAUUUCAUCAUUGAGUUUUAAUUCAGUGGCAGCUGAAGAGAUUGUGAAAGGAAUGAGAACAUUUGUGGAUUUGAUGCAGCAUGAACAUUUGAAACCAUUCAUCAUUGAACAAUUAUUUGAUAUUAUUAGACAAUGUAGAGAGUUAUUGAUUUGUAUCAAGAUGGAUGAUGAAAUGAUUCGAAAAUUGAAAAUGUAUUGUCCUGUGGAAUAUUUCUUUAUGGCUCAUGAGUUGUAUCAUGUUUGA